AUGUCAUCAACAAUUUUUCAGCCAAACUCAACAUAUUCGUUUCAAUGUCGGUCACCAUUAUGUUUAUAUUAUAGUUCAUCAAAAAAUCAAUGUUUAGAACAAAUAAUUUCAUCUUAUAUCCAUCCAUUUGGUCCUGGUGAAUUACCAUUAUCAAUAACUUCAAAAUCUGAUUUAUUUAUUCCCUGUUUAUUAGUUCCACACGGUGCCUAUUGUGAUUCAGGACCACUAUAUGCCCAUGCUUAUUAUUGGUUGAGUAAACAAACCUGCACAUAUGAUUCAGCUCUAAUCUUAGGCACAAAUCAUCGUGGCGUGGGUUCAUCCAUUGCUUUAUCACCUGAUCAUUGGCAGACGCCAUUAGGCUUAGUGGAAUGUGAUACUGAAUUAUUAGAUGCACUUGUGUCUGUUGGCAUACCAGUGGAUAGAGAAGCACACAGACAAGAACAUUCAAUUGAAAAUCAAUUACCAUUUCUAAAACAUUUACUACCGAAUAUUAAAACUGUUGCCCUCUCAUUUUCUUCGUUAUCUAUUGAUAAAGCUUAUAAAGUAUGCGAACAAAUAAAAAAAGCAAUACAAAAGUUAUCAGGUAAACGAAUAGUGAUUAUAUCAACAACAGAUUAUACACACUAUGGACCGUCUUAUGGCAAUCGUAAACAACAGCAAUUAACGGAUAAUGAACAAUAUGCUCGUCUAUGUGAUCAACCAAUUUUGAAGUCUAUUUUAUCUAAUAAUCCUGAAGAACUACUUCAUAUUCAACAGACAACACAACAUACAAUGUGUGGUCUAUGGCCAACAAUUAUUGUUUUGAUCUUAUCAAAACUAUUAAAUGAUGAUAAGGGACAAUGGAAAUUAUUAUGUUACAACAUAUCAUCUGAAAUAAUGAAACGAAAUACAGUUGACGUUAACGGAUUCGCAUCAUUAGUUUAUGAUAAAUUGGUCAAAAAUUAG